UUUAUAUAUGGAUUGCAAGCUUAAGAAUUGUAUCUUUCAAGUCACAUUGAAUAUUUUCCACCACCAUCAAUGGCAGCAAGCAAUCAAGCAAAGAAUUCUACCGUUGUAAUCUCACCUCAAUACUGCACACCAUACCAAAUAGAUCUCUAUAUUGCUAAGAGAGUUAAGAAAAUAACAGAAGGUAGACAUUUAGGAGUCUUUGAUAUUAAUGGCAAUAACAUCUUCAAAGUUAUAACUAGUGGUCAUUUUAGUAGUCGCCUUAUCCUUGUUGAUGCUGCCGGAGUUCCAGUUGUAUCUCUAAAACCAAUGAAAUGGUCUCCACAUCAGAGAUGGAAAGUAUACAAUGGAGAUAGCUCAGACUCGAAAGAUUUGUUGUUUACCGUAAAGAAAUCUCACUAUCUACAAUUCAAGAUUGAAUUGGAUGUGUUUGUAUCAUCUAACAAAGACGAAGAUAUAUGUGACUUUAAGGUUAAACAAAACCUUAGUGAGAAAUCUUGUGUUAUUUAUCAAGGGAAUUCAGAUAACAUCAUUGCUGAGAUGCACAAAAACAAGGAUGUCCGAGAUAAAGUUCACGGGAAGGACGCAUUCUUAGUCACUGUCAACCAGAAUGUUGAUUGUGCAUUUGUUAUCGCUAUAAGUGCGGUUCUUAAUGAGGUUAAUAAGCCCAGUAGCAUGAGCAGGGGCGCGGCCGGUGGCUGAUGUGGAUAUUGGGAAGAUAUCGGAGGAUGUUAGCUCAAUUAAGGAUAUUUAUUUAUUUUUUGUCAAUCAUUUGGAAUUUUGGUUUUCAUGAAUUCUAAAUCCAGUCUUCCACAUCAAUGCACUGUUGUAUUAUAGCCACAUUCACCUUUUAUUUUCAGAAGUUGUAUAUUGUAAAUACUCUUGUAAAUUGAUCCCAAAUUGAGAAAAUAAUUAUGCACAAUGCUGUGAGCAGGAUGUAUUAUUUUUCUUAAUGCCUAAAAGUUAUUUGUGUGUA